GGCAGUGGUUCAAGUUGCUUCAAGUGCGUUACUGUAUUUCAAGAAAAGCCCUAGAAACCUUCGACUCUGUUUUUAGAUUUGAUGCUGAAGCCGGUGAAGAAGGGUUUUAGCUCGGAGCUUUGAGACAUGAUCCGUUUCACGAAAUUCAAAUCUCUGGCCCUAUCUGCAGAUUCCGGCGGCCACCAAUUGCUCCAAAGAUGCUGGGUUAGUGGUACUGCCAAAGGCAAAUCGAAGAUCAAAGCUGGCCAACCGCUGAAGCGCUCCAAAAUCACCGUCAAGAAAGGCGGAGCCACAUCCAAAGGUGGUGGAGGAGGAGGAGGAAGAAAAAUCCCUCCCGAACAGGAAAAGCUCUAUGACCAAUGCCUAAAUGCUCCUACGCCUCUGCGGUUCUUGAAGCCCAAAGACAGAGAACGUGAGGCCGAACGGGAGAAGCUCGGGCUCAUCAGCAAAGAGCGCCAACGCGAGAUUGAGAUGAUGAAGAUGGAUAAAUCGAAAUUGGGGGUUUCUGAUACUCCGUCGAUCAUUGGAACUGUAGGUUUGGAUUUGAUAUCCCUAGGUCUGGUCGAUGCGGAUAAGAUUCCGAAGUACGAGUUGACAGUGGAAGAUGGGCGGCGGCUUGCGAAGGAAUACAGUCGGGUGUUGAUGAGGCGGCAUCGUGCAAGGCGGGCAGCUGAAUCGACGCUGUUGCAGAUGAAGAAAGAGGCUAUUGAAGCAUUACCAGAGCAUUUGAAAGCUGCUGCUUUGGUCCCAGAUUUGACAUUGUUCCCCGCGAACCGGUUCAUGGCCACUUUGACGCCUCCGAUAGAAGGCUAUAUUGAAAAGGUCAAGGAGGCUGCGAGGAGGAGUAGCGGGAAAGAGAAGCUUAGAUAAUCUGAGAGACUACAAGUAGAUGAAGGUUGCAGGCUGGAAAAGAAGAGUUUGUAGCAGUUAAGAGUCUAGAAACCAAGCAGGUGGUUGCCAUUCCAAGAAAGCCAGCCACGAAUCAUUGGAUGUCUGGUACAAUAAAAUCUCCUGAAUUUUUAACUCCUGUAACUUCAAGCCUCUUUCAAGCAAAUUCUUGGGUUUUGGUUUUGAGCUUUUGGAUUGAUUUCGAUGGCUUUGUGAUAUUCUUAAAUUCACAGGUUUCUUUUGUCAAAUUGACGCACCUUUUUCACAUUGAGCAAAA